UUCAGUAAACACGAAUUGGACAGCCAGAGCGAAGGUCGAUAAUCCAUCCACUCGGUUAAACGCUAAAUGAAUGAAGCAAACCUGUUGUUGUAUUAGUGAGCUCUAAUCGAAACGAGUGAGGAUCUAUUCAUCAUCAUCAUGAACUUUCUCUUGGAGACUCUUCAGGUGCUUUUGAUGUCACUGGUCUACAGCUUAGAAGCAUUCGUUAGGUUAUUUAUACCGCCUCGAAAGAAGAAUGUGUCCGGGGAUUUCGUGUUGCUGACCGGGGCGGGCAGUGGCAUAGGUCGCCUCAUGGCCCUGGAGUUCGCGCGCCUGGGCGCGCGCCUUGUGCUGUGGGAUAUUAAUGAGGACGGUAAUAAUGAGACUGCUCGUAUGAUUAAAGAAACGCACGGAGCGCGAGCGUACACAUAUACCUGCGACUGCAGCAACCGGGAGGAAGUGUACAGAAUCGCAAACCAGGUAAAGCGUGAGGUUGGUGAUAUCACAAUUUUGAUAAAUAAUGCAGGAAUUGUUACUGGGAAGAAGUUCAUGGAAUCUCCUGAUUCACUCAUAGAGAAGUCUAUGGAGGUCAAUAGUCUGGCACAUUUCUGGAUGUACAAGGCAUUUCUGCCAGCAAUGAUUGCUGCUAAUCAUGGCCAUUUGGUCAGUAUUGCAAGCUCCGCUGGACUUAUUGGAGUAAAUGGACUGGCAGAUUAUUGUGCAAGUAAAUUUGCUGCAGUUGGCUUUGCUGAGUCUAUGGCACUAGAGCUGCUGGCCACGGGCUGUGAUGGAGUGAAGACCACCAUAGUCUGCCCAUUUUUCAUUAACACUGGCAUGUUUGAUGGUGCCAACACAAAAUGGCCCAGAAUCAUGCCUAUUCUUGAGCCGGAGUAUGCGUGUAGGAAAAUUGUGGAUGCUGUUAGAAGGGAACAGGUUUAUGUUUAUAUGCCUCGAAGCAUCUACAUUGCCAUCGUUUUGAAGAAUCUUUUACCCACUAAAAUGGGUGUGCUGCUUGGUGAAUAUCUAGGAGCGUUCAACUUUAUGGCUAAGUUCAAAGGCCAUUAAAAAAAGAGCAAAUAAUUUCCACCACCAGAGGAAUUCAGAACCAACCAGAGGACCAGAUGGACAAAUCACAGAGAGAUGUUUGAGGAAACAAAACCGUGUUCUGCCACAAAAUACUAAGAGAGUGAAUGGAAUAGUUACACAUAAAACAAGCAUAAAAGCACUUCUUACAUUCAGCACUGUUUUAACCAUUACAAUUAACCCGUUUUAAUUUUUUUAUUAUUAUUAUUAUUUUAAUAACAGCAAUAGAGCCAUUUGCACUUAAUUUGCACCCAAUAAAACAUUUUGAUGAAGAAAAGCUGUCUCUUUGGCUUUAGAGGUUACAUAUUGUAGAUUUUUUUUUUUUUUAUGUAUGUUUGACCAGAACCAAACUACUUUCUAAUGACUUAUUUAAUGACUGACUGAUUGUAUUAUGGAAGCAGUUGACUUGGCUUAUUAUUAUGGCUCCUUAAUAAAUGUAUAAUAAUAAUAUUGGUGUCACAAAUCAUCUGUUCUGCGACUCUUAUUUUGUGCAUUGUUCAUAUUUUGUUUUGUUCUUAUGUUCAUUGCUUUCCAUUGUCCCUAUGUUCUCAGUUCCCGUGCUUAGUUUCUGUGUCCUUGGUUGCUAGUGUUCCUUUGUUGGUUUCCAUAGUUAAUCAUUUGCUGUGUUUGAAAUUGCCCCCUAUACCCUCAUUCACUAUUCCCUACAUUAGUCCACUAAUA